CUAACAGACAGAAAUAACUGUGUUCGCCGGCAGGUCCAGGGUCAGCUUAAAAAAGUGUAUAUUGCGAGCCACUCGGUCAAUGAGAAUCGUUGUUAAAGGUAUACUGAUCCAAGAUCAGGAAUUUGAAUGCGUUUUUACUUUCAUGAUUCACGUUGUGUAAAAUACUGCCACCACUUCCGCAUUGAGAUCUUGACAAACUAGCUCAACAUCAUGGCAGUGGGCCUAAUAUCGUAUCAGACUUUGAGUUGUCGACUGUUAAACCGUAUGCUUUCGCAACAAAGCGUGAGCACAAUCUGCAGCUUUACACGCGCUUUAUCGAGAAAGACUGGCUCUCCGUACACAGAUCUCUCACCACGGACAGUCCACGGGCUGGUAAAUCUAUGCGGGAGUUGGACGUGCCGGACAUCACAGUGGUUGUCUUUUUACGACUCAAGAUCAUUCUCGUCUUUACCUCCACCGCCCCCUUCUGGUGAUAAAACCAAAAAGACAGGUCCAGUGACUUGGAAAUCAUUAGCAAUAACAUUUGCAUUCGGGGGUGUUCUCCUUGCCGGAAUGAAAUAUUUCAAGAAGGAAAAAGAAGAAUUGAUUGAAAGAGAAAGGACAAAGUCAAUGGGGAAACCAGCACUUGGGGGUCCAUUCUCUCUUGUGGAUCAGAAUAAUAAACCCUGUAAAAGUGAGGAUUUUCUCAGCCAGUGGGUCCUUAUCUACUUUGGGUUUACACACUGCCCUGACAUCUGUCCUGAUGAAAUCGAGAAAAUGAUUGAGGUGGUGGAUGAAAUAGACAGGAUACAGUCUCUUCCAAACCUGACCCCCAUCCUCAUCACCAUUGAUCCUGACAGGGACACACCUGAGGCCAUGGGGACAUAUGUGAAAGAGUUCUCCCCUAAGCUCAUUGGCCUGACUGGGACAAUGGCCCAAAUUGACCAGGUCUCUCGAGCCUACAGAGUCUACUACAGCCAGGGACCAAAGGAUGAAGACAACGACUACAUUGUUGAUCACACAAUCAUCAUGUACCUGGUUGGUCCGGACGGAGAGUUCAAAGAGUAUUUUGGACAGAACAAGAGGACCGCUGAGAUCUCCUCUUCCAUUGCAUCACACAUGAGGAAGUACAAGAAGGGGAAUUAAGAGGUGAGAUGAAGGAGAACUGGUCAAGUGCACUGUCUGUGUCUGGGAACACAUCUUAUGUGUCUCUCUCACAGCCUUCAGAGACCGUCAGCAGCCUCUGGCCCAGCAGCCUCUUGCCCAGCAGCCUCUGGCCCAGCAGCCUCUUGCCCAGCAGCCUCUGGCCCAGCAGCUUCUUGCCCAGCAGCCUCUGGCCCAGCAGGACUGAACGCUGCCAUGUUAUGUCAAUGACAUGGAAUAUUUAUCUGCAUUACAGAUUUUCAUUGAAUUCAGAUGUCUACGACUUACAAUUCCCUUGUUGCGGGUCACCAUUUAAUAUGGUCUCUAAUAUCAUAUUUAAGUCUAAGAUGGUUUAAAGUGAUUGUUUGCAAAUGGGUGUGGACAACACUUAAGUGUUUACUUUUUCUGCUUUGCCCAUUAUUUAAAUCGAUGUGAAAUACAAUUGUUUCGAUGUAAAAAUAUGAGAGCCAAAUUGAUUUUAAGUACCUAAACAAAUGUAACUACCAUAAAAUGUAGGGGGAAAGUAUUCCCUGGAAAUCAACACUGAAGAACUAAAGGUUUCCAGUGUUUGCCCUUGGACACUCCUAAUGGAAAAAAACAUGAAUCGUUGUCGUUGUGCAGUUACAGUUCUACUUUACUUCCUUUACACUAAUUCUCCUUUUUAGCCUUGCUGUUAAGUCUGGCCCAAUACCUGGACUCGUCUCAGUGACACCAGAAACAUUUAUGCACUGUAAUAACUCUUUGGUUACUCGAUUUGUACUAUUCAUAAAUCAGUCAUAUUUCAACUGAAUUUCCAAAGUAAUGUUUAAUUUAUUAAACUUGGACUUGCAAUUUA